AUGGGUCUAGUUCUUUCCGGGAAAACUCCAACCACCAUAUUGUACUUCUUUCCACACAAAUUUAAACGUAGCAACCAAAGAAAGCAAUUUCCUCUUUUCAAUCCAUCAAUGGCAGCUCAAUCUCGCCAACCCCUACUUCUUUCUUCAACUUCAAACCAAACACUCCAUAUUAAUCGACCAUCCGUGAUCAGCGUCAAGUCCAUGGCUCCGAUGGAGACAACAACGGCAACGACGUCAACAACACCUUAGCAGCCGCGGAGACGAACCAUGUCUGGCUUCGAAGCUCGAAUUUCCCUCGUUUUCGCUCUCGCUUCUCAAGCUUCCUCCGUCUCUCAACGGCUUUUGAUGGACUUGGCCUCGGAGACUGCAAAAUACGUGUUGCCAAAGAGGUUUGAGAGCCGGAAUUUGGAGGAAGCGUUAAUGGCAGUCCCUGAUCUUGAGACUGUGAUUAAGGUUUUGAGUAGGACAGCGUAUGAGAUAAGGGAAGUAGAGCCUUAUUUUAUAGCGGACACAAUGCCAGGGAAGACAGGGGAUUUUAAUGGUUCAUCAUCUUUCAAUGUUUUAGCUGAAUGUUUGAUGCACAUAGAUACAAGCAAGGAGAAAAUGGAGAUGAACCCUGUUAUUACUAGUAGGACUCGAUCUGAUGGGCAGAGGAUGGAAAUGACAACACCUGUGAUAACGAAGAAGGUAACAGUUUCUGUUGGGAUGAUAAUGGGCAGAUUCUUUAUCAUGCCAUCAAAGUAUGUCAAUCUGCCAUUACCUAAAGAUCCUUCUGUGAGGAUCAAAGAGGUGCGGAAAGUAGUUGCAGUUGUUGCCUUCUCAGGUUUUGUUACUGAUGAAGAAGUUAAACAACGAGAAUUGAGAUUAAGAGAUGCUGAAAAUGACAAGCAGCUUCAAGUUAAGAAAGGUGCUUCAGUGGAAGUUGCACAGUACAAUCCACCAUUUACACUUCCAUUUGCACGUCGAAAUGAGAUUGCGCUGGAACUAGAAAAGAAGGAAUAAUAGCUCUUGAUUAUGGAUUCUAUAACCAUAAGGUAUGCUUUCUGAAUAUGCAAUGUUUCCUAUACCCUUGUUUAAUAAUCUACCAUCUUUAGACUUACAGCCCUUGUUUAAUCCUUCUCUAUGAUUGUUGUACAAAUUUGUUCAGCUAUCCUUUGAGAUUUCAGUCAUACAUAACACCUUGUGUAUAUAAUAGUGAAGACUAGCAAACUAAGCUGAUGGUUAUAAUGCAGAUUUGGUUUGGAUUUUUGUCAUGUUGAACUGUUAAUUCAUA